GCUGUGGUGCUUCCUAGCAGUGUGAAGAUACGCGCGUGGAUGGCACUGUUGCAAAACGUUUAUUAGGACAGUUGCAAAUGAAGCAAAUGUGCAGUCCUACAGAAAAAAUAUAUAUAUCCUAGAUUAUAUAAAAAAACAAAAAACAUUUAGUUUUGUUUUUGAAUGGCUUCAUUUCGAUAAGUUCUACCCGUCGUUUGGGGAAGUGGGAAAUACAAUGAAAGACGUAUAUCUGCCAUCCGAUUCAUGUAUAAAUGGCUCAGUCAUAAGAAUUUUCUGUCCCACGUCCACCUCUGUUUGUAUUUUUGACACGGGACUUGGAAACACAUCUUUUAGUGAAGGUUACUCCAAUGUAAACUCUACAGUCAACAAAGCAGCACUAGCCAUCGACAAAUGGAGCAACUACAAUUUCUGGACCGGCUUGACACUGGCCAUACUCUCAUCUUUCCUGAUAGGAGGAAGUGUUAUUCUGAAAAAGAAGGCACUACUGCGUCUGGCCAACACUGGGGAGAUGAGGGCAGCUGAGGGAGGCCAUGGUUACCUCAAGGACUGGCUGUGGUGGGGUGGCCUUUUGACCAUGGGUGGAGGUGAGGCAGCAAACUUUGCUGCAUACAUGUUUGCUCCAGCCACUGUGGUAACACCAUUAGGAGCUCUCAGUGUUCUUAUCAGUGCAGUGCUGUCCUCUCACUUGUUCGGAGAAACAAUGAAUCUUCUGGGAAAACUUGGCUGUAUGCUCAGCAUAUUGGGAAGUACUACAAUGGUUAUACAUGCACCUGAAGAGGAAGAGGUGACAACUCUUAAAGAAAUGACAUACAAAUUGCUUGACCCUGGUUUUCUGGUGUUUGCCGGCAUCCUGCUGGUAACUUGUUUGAUCCUCAUCUUCCAUUUCUCUCCUCGCUUUGGUCAAACCAACAUUUUAAUUUACAUCAGCAUCUGCUCUUUGCUCGGAGCUUUUACUGUGUCCUCAGUCAAGGGACUUGGCAUUGCGAUACGCUCCGCCUUCUCUGACCAUUUUGUGGUCCGUCACCCUCUCACCUGGAUCCUUUUGCUUACCUUAAUUGGAUCCAUCAUCAUCCAGGUCAACUAUCUUAACAAGUCAUUGGACACCUUCAAUACGCUCCUGGUCUACCCCAUCUACUACGUCUUCUUCACUACCGUGGUCCUGAGCACCUCCAUAAUUCUGUUUAAAGAGUGGGGAGCCAUGUCAGGAGUAGAUGUGGUGGGCACUAUUGGGGGCUUCUUGGUGAUAGUGAUUGGAGUGAGCAUGCUGCACCUCUUCAAAGAUUUGGAUGUGUGCUUUGAAGAUUUGAGAAGCAACCUCUGUCAGCCAUUAGGUCAGGAGAGCCCAUCAAAGAGGGAGGACAAGCACAUCCUCAUUGAAAACAUAGAGUGCCUGCCACCCAUGAGAGACGAAGGCCCCAGAGUUUUUAUUAUCAGCUGAGCGGUGCAGAAUGGUCUGAAUUUGCAAGCAUGAAUUAUGGAUUUGCAGUUUGUAGUUUUUACUAUCCUAAUUUGUAAUUUCCUCUGCUGAAGGCUGUUGUAUUAUGAGGCAGCAAUUUGUAUUGACUGCUGCUGAGUACCAUUCCUAAUGAGGCAGAAAUGUUUCUGUAACACAAGUUAGAUGCAUUGAUGUUAGAGUUAGAGUUAUCUAACUUCAAUGCAUGUUAGAUGCCUUGAAGUUAGAUAUUUAAUGGAGCACUCUGUAAUGUGUUCCUCAUUAAAAAAAGUUUAACUCCUAAAGACAUGAAUUGCACUUUUGCCAUAUAUCUAGGAAAUCAUGAAGGAAAUCAUGACCACUCACAUGAGAUGAAGACUCCAAUCAUAUCAGUAACCUUAUGAAAACGGUUUUAUUCUACAUGGAGAGGGUCCGUACAUGGGGGAUGCCAUGUUAGAAUCACAUGACCAGCUGAGUACCACUCGCUUAAUCUCAGUAUCUGUCCUGUUAUUUGACACUUUCACUCAUUGAUUAAAGUAAUCCUGGCUGGCUGUGAAUGCUACAUUUCUACAAUGUAAUCUGAAAAUGAAAACUAUUGAUUUUAAAUUAUGCUGCAUCCAAGCCACUAAGUGUCAGUAUCAAAGAUGACACAAAGACAAAAGUUCCUGAGUGCACCUUUCAUUUUGUAAAUAUUAAGUAUUGCAUUUAGAUGAGUCUUUAAGCCACUUUGGAAUUUUUUUAACUGAAUUUAUAAGAUUAAAACAGCAUAUAAAGUAUGUGAUGCAGGAUAACUUGGAAUCUGCUGCAGAUGAAUGUCAGGCUAAGAAGCUGCCCAAAUUAAAAUGCUUUGA